GCCCUUGGGAGGGAAACCAAGAUGAACGCAUCGACUCCUGUAGAGGAUGCCAAUGCCAGUCAUAAGCUAAACCAGUUCCAGUUAUCUCUGGUUCUUCACACAGGCUCGAACAACGUUGGUGUGGAAACCGUGUGUGAGUAUGUGUGUGCCAUCUUAGAGAAAGCCAAUGCGAUUAAGGCUGGAUCUGGACUCUGAGGGACAGCUCCUGUGGAUGCUGAGGAUUAGCAGUAACAGCUGCUGUCCUGCCCAUUAGAGGAGAAACAGAAGAGAGAACAAAAGACUUGUUUAAAGGAUGCAUCCCUGCAACUCUGAGUGGGGGGAGCCUUUCCAUCAAGGCUGAAGGAAAGUGUGAUACUAGCUGUUACUUCUCGUGACGCAAGAUAAGGGGAGGAUGAGGGUCCCCGCUGCCCUCACAGGCUGGGCUUGUGCAGCUCUCUGCCUGGCUUCCUGCUCAACUGCCUUUUCUCAUGGUGCCGGCUCAGUGGCCUGUCAGGACAUGCAGCCCAAGCACCUUCAAGCCCAGCCUCAGAACCCCGGCACACACCACAUCACCAUUCACACCAGCAGAUCUUCCUACUUACCGGGAGACAUCGUUCCAGUGACCGUGAGAAGCAGUCGGGAUUUCAUGGGAUUUCUACUACAGGCUCGAAGAGUCUCUGAUCAUCACAUAGCUGGCACUUUUGUUUCCAUCCCUCCUCAUUCCAAACCGAUGGCUUGUGUUCAAGAGGCUGACACAGUCACCCACUCUGACAAGACCCGGAAGAGAAACCUGGCCUUCGAGUGGCAGGCUCCUGCCCAGCCUGUGGGGGAUAUUAGAUUCCUUUUAUCAGUGGUCCAGUCAUAUUUCGUUUACUGGGAGAGGAUUGAAUCCCCUGUGAUGUCUCAACAGACACGCAGCAGAGCCCAUCGUGAUGGCCCUGUGCAGCCCAGCUCACCGAUGCCAACCCCUGGGUGGAGGCCAGAGGGAACGGAAGGAAUCGCCCCAGCUCCCAGUCCCCCCACCACUCUUCCCCAGCAACGUGCAGACAUCUUUGCUGUUGCCCUAACUAGAGCUACAGAGGAGAACAGCUUAGAUUCUUCUCCUGCCAGUUUUUGGGUGAUGGAAUUUCCUGGGGGCACAGAGACUCUGUUGCAAUCAUCUUCACACACAGCUACUGCAAUCAGCAAUGGCCAGCAACCCAGAGGGGACAGCAGCCCAACCCUAGAACCAUCUUUGGAUGUCCGUGGGCUGGAGAGACUCAUGGCUCCUGGGAGAUUCUCCUCAGAGGGCAUUGCUUCCAGCCCUAGCACCUACUUCAGGACUCAGGAUGAUCCAAGCUUUGGUUCAUUGGAAACUUGCCUGCCCUCGGAUAGAGAUGAACAGGACAAGAUGGAAUCCUCUAAUAGGACUGUGAGGAGGUCCCAUCUGUCCACUGUCCAUCUUACCUAUCCUCGGCAUUUCUGGUCCUCUGAAGCAUUCACUGGGAGUGAGGCUAGGGCAGCCACCUCAACCCCAGUCUUCCACACUUCUGCCACUUCUAGGCCACCUGCUGCAGGCAGCCAGUCAGAGGCAUCUAGGCCUUCUGCCAGCUUCUUACCUCAGUCGAAGUACAAGGAGCCCAGAGUGGGGGAGGGAAAUGGAAGGGGCAGAGGGGGAUACCCCAGGAAGCCCAACCCAAGGCCUGGGGUUGAGCAAGAGGGACACAGUGCCCCUUUGGGGCUCCAGCUCAGGACUUCCCAGCUGGGAAUCCUGCUUUGCCUUUCAGCCACCUUGGGCAUGGCCCUGGCUGCUGGCCUUCGCUACCUGCAUGCCCAAUAUUGCCACACUCAGACGGAAGUAUCCUUCAGUGAGCCUGCUGGGGAUGCUAUUACCAGCAGCGACGGAGGCGAGACUGUACAUGUCAGGAAGAUCGGGGAGAACAGUUUUGUUUCAGUUGAAGUGGAAUACAACUGGAUCACUUCCUCUGUGGGUAGUGAGAAAACAGUCCUCUGAGAAGAUCGUGGUACUAGGCAGGCCUCUGAGUGGCUGUCCCUAGACCCUGCGGUGUCUCAGCCAGAACAGAGCUAAUGAGAAUAGCUGAUGAGGACAGGGGCUCCCUGUGCCCCCAUCAGUGAGCAGUUAGUGGAGGAAGCUGUGAGCAGACCGUUUUAUCAACAGAGGGAGUUCUGCCCGAGCUUUGUUGUCUUAACAUCUGUAAUUUAGCUGCUUUUUUUUUUCUUUUCACAAUUAGACGUUCUGUUUGAAGAGUUAAACUCCACACAAUGAAUAUUGUAUAACCUGCUCAUUAACUAGACUCCUGUGGCCGCCAAGCUUCCUCUGUUGCCUUAAGGAACCUGCAGAAAUAGAAAUUCUGUCCCUCCUCAGUAUGUCAGCCUCAUCCCUUCCAACUCUUUGAAAAAAAAAAAAAAAGUAAUGUUGGGGUUGUGUCUCUUGCAAGAAAAAGAACCGUGGCCCUCACUUUGCCUCUCCAAACCACCCCAGAAGAAGUUUCAUUUUCAACACUGGCUCUGCUUCGGUUGACUAGGUGAGUGCAAGGGUAUUCAGUCUUCUUGGAAACUCAGAAGCCUGGCAAAUCCCCUUGGAAAUUGAUCUGAAGCAAGGAGAGUUUGAGAGAGCUCGACUGAACACAUCUGUGGGAAAACGUAUACAUGCUGCAUAAACACCAGAGUGGGGUAAGCACGCCUCUUCAUCAGGUGUAAAUGGAUCUGAGACUUCCCAUCCAUUUACACUUGAUGGGAGGCUUAUGAAUCCUAACAGCUAGCAAACAUAUUGCCUUUUGCCAAAGGUCAGGCUGAAAAAAACUGAUGAUCCCACAGUUUGAAGAAGAGCCUCUACUCAUCUUUUCAGGGAGAAAAGGAAGACAGCAUUGUGGACAAAGUCCAUUUUCUUGCUCUUGUGAUUUACGAAGAUCACUUUGAUUUAGGACGUGUCCCAUAGAUACUGUGUGGGGUCAACAGGUUUGACUAUAACUUUUGAAUAUACUCACCUAAUACGACACGUAGAAAUUAGCUGCCUUUUCAGAGCUAGACCUGCUACAGAGUCACAAAGCAUUUUAAUGUAGAAACAGGAAAACACCACACAUCUGGCAAGGGUGUUUAUUCAUCCAGCACCUAGAUCGUACAGGUAGUGUGCUAACUUUGCAUACAUUUUCACAUUUAACUUUCACAAUAACUUAAUGAGGAAAAAGUGUAGUGACUUGCCAAAGAGAGAGAGGCUUUCAUGACAUCUCAGUUCAACAACAAAAACAUUUGUUUAAAAAAACGGGGGUGUGGGAAAGAGCUAGAUCCUGCUGUUUUUCCAGCCUCUUAUAGCUCACUGGGCACUAAUACCACAAUUGUUUCCUCCUGGAUUCUGGGCUGGGCAGAUCUGUCCCGUCUUUAGUCAAGUGCCUCAUUAGGACCAGGGAGACCUAGGUAAUUGUGUGUUCACAAAUGAAAGUGUUCUAGGAAUGCUGUGGAAAUGAGUGAAUUUACUGUACUCCAAUGGCAGCCACAGAUAUCCUUUUACAUAUCUUGCCCUCCUCAAAUGAAAUCCUCCCCGAGAUGCAGACGAGGAACCCACCAGUGGAGAGCUCUCCUCUGACCAUCACAUCCGAUGGCCAAGUGCACUACACGUACACCUUCAAGACCUUACCUGUCCAAGAGGACAUUUUCCUGGGUAAACAGACUGUUGUCUAUUUGUUUCACAACUGUUUGAAAUAAACUAUCCCCAAACUCAGUGGUUUAAAAUAGCCAUGACCACCACCACUUGUCGUCCAUCACAGUUCUAGGGUUGGCUGGGCUCAGCUGGGCAGUUCAUCUGUUCCAUGUGUUCUUGACUGAGCUGGAACACCCAAGGUGACUCACUCACAUGGCUGGCAGUUAGUCGCUGGCUGAUGGCUGGGGCUCAGCUGGGGCCGUUGAUGAGUGUAGGCAGCAAUUUGUUCCUUCUCUUCCUGGUUUCUUACAUCAUGAUGGCUGGGUUCCAAGAUGGGUAUUCCGAGCAGACAAAACCAGAAAUUAGGCGAUGUCUUGAGGCCUAGCCUCAGAAAUAACAUGGUUUCACUUCUGCCACUUUCUAGUGGUUACAGGGAGCCAUGGGCCAGCUCUCCUUCUUCAGAAGGAAGGGCGAUGGAUUUCAUUUUUGAUGGGAGAAGUGGCAAAGGAUGCCUAGCUAUGUUUAAUUCACUACCUCUCCGGUUAGACUACCGACCUGCCACAGGACUUAUGUGAGAGUAGAAGGAAGGGACAUUCAUCCCCAAGAGGUGCCCUGGGGGACUUGUUCUGGAAAACAUCGAAAGGGGUGACGGAAAUCUCAGACAUCAGGGUUAGGUAUUUCCUCUUCUCCGGUUCCACGGGCAAAAUAGUAAAGUGGUGCGGAAGAGUCAGCCAGGCCUCUGAGUCUCAGCUUCCCCAUCAGAGAAAAACAAAAUUAUUUACCUGCUUCGGUUGUUGUGAAGAUUAAAUGCAUGUUCGACAUUUAGCCAUCUAUAUAACCAACUGCUUAAUGUCACUUUGCAGCCAACACCAUCUUUAAAUCUAGUCCAUUUAGAGAAAUUCAGUGGUCAACAAAAACGUUACUCCCUUUCCAUGACAGCUUCUCCCUGUCGGCCCCUCCUUCUCCUGCCCAGCGCAUGGAGGUGGUCACGGCUUUAGUUGUCAUGGUAGCCACUGGCUACAGUUCCUGCUGGGGGUCACACAUUUUUGCUGAGACAUUCUGAGUAAACUCUUUUUUUGGCAGGGGCAGUGGGGUCCAUAGACCUGUAGUCAUGAGACAUAAAACCCCUCUGUUACUGUGAACUUGAAAGUCCUCUAAGCCUGGCUUCAGAGAAGCCCCAGAGGGGAGCCAGUAGGAAGUGUUAACCUGAAGGCAUUUACUAAAGCACAAAGACAUUAAAAGUAAAAAAA